UGUGGAGCAUGCUCACUCGAGAAAAGCUGUUGAAUUGAUCCAGAUCGGUGUUUCGCCGUAGAAUUGAUCCAGAUCGGUGUUUCGCCGUAGAAUUUUCAAUUUCUGUCGUUGAUCUGAGGAAGCAAUAGGUGGAUGUGAUGGAGAUUCAGAGCAAAGAAAUGAACAACAGCAGAUGAAAGCAAUCAAAGCAUCUUAAGGGAUAAAAGUUCAAAUAUUACAUAAGGUAUAUUUAAAUGGCUGAAAAAAAAUCGGGUAUGAGGAAACCAAUUUUUACCAAAGUAGAACAGCUGCACCCUGGCACAAAUGGACACAAUCUCGUUGUCAAGGUUGUGAGUUCCAACAUGGUUUUGGAAAAGGGCAGGCCAGAUGGACUUCAGGUUCGUCAAAUGCGAAUUGCUGAGUGUCUGGUGGGAGAUGAAACUGGGACAAUUUUGUUUACUGCAAGGAAUCAGCAAGUUGACAUCAUGAAACCUGAUGCUACCGUCAUUCUUAGAAACGCCAAGAUCGACAUGUUCAAAGGCUCCAUGAGGCUUGCUGUAGAUAAAUGGGGACGGGUAGAACUAACUGAGCCCGCCAAGUUCACCGUCAAAGAAGACAAUAAUCUCUCACUCGUUGAGUAUGAAUUAGUUAAUGUUGUGGAGGAGUGAAGCUGCCAGUAUCUCAUCCUAUUCAUUCACGGCUGCAAAAAUAGUUAUGAAAAUAAAUGCAGAAAGUGGGCUUUGUUUAUGAGAUUACCUGUGUGUUUGUGAUUGACAGCAAAGUUCAGGUUUCUAGGGAGAAGCAUCUGAAGCCAUCUUACAUCAAUGGAGCUCUAAUUACUGUCACAUGACGUUGCGACGGGUGACUAAAAACUAAGGAUGUUACUGCCAGUAAAAACAGACGGGAUCAAAUUCGAUAUGUGAAUCAAGUAAGUCCUCUCUCCAGCUGUCUUGGGUAUAUUAUAGGGAGUUUGAACAUCCAGCAGAGUGUGCUUCAUUUCAAGCUUGUUCAGUGUGUUAAUGGAUAUAUUCUACUUGUGCUCUGCAUGUUUGAAGAAGAAAUUAUGUUUGUAUUGUAUGCCUGGAAAACAAUUGCCUUCAAUUUGUAGCUAUUGAUAUUUGAAUAAAAUGCUAAGUGGCUUGUUUGUAUAAGUUGCAUUUGUACAUCUUUACUGUGUGUUAUUGUCACUCAAUUAACAUAUAAUAAAAGAUCUGGUUCUUUAUUUA